CUCGGCAAAGUGUCGAAGCUUUUCAAUUGUUCGCCAUCAGCUGAAAGAGUGACACCUGUUGAGUGCCGUAUAGAGAAGGAUAUACAUGCAUACUUACUUAGUUGCAUACCAUCAGUAAUACUUCCGAAUGUAUAAUUUGCUAAACUAAAUUCUGUGGUUCUAAUUUAAUUAGUGAUUUGCGAUUUUGCCCUGAGGGUCACUAAUCGGUGGCUUAUUCGUCAAGCAUAUGGCAGCUCCUGCCACGCAUAAUACUGAAAAUUCAAUUAAAAUGUUCGUUGGCAAUUAGUGCAUGUGUAAAUACAUAAUAUAUACGCACACACAUAUAUUAUUCGGUACGCGUUGUGUGUGUGUAUGUGUAGGCGUUUAGAGCAAAUCAAGUUAUCCGUAUCCUUAUUAAACGGGGAUUAAAAGUUCAUCCAACCGUUGCGUACCUAAAAUAAUAGGUAUGUCUGAACAAAAACCCGGCGAUAUUACGGACGAUCGGAUGCAUUCAAGUGUUGUGCGCACAGCAUCCGAGCUAAAUGCAGCUAGUGGCAAAAGACGCUCUUCUACACCGAAUUUCGGAAAUACAAAUCGUUGUAUUAUUGCUGUUAUCGUCUACUUCGCGUUGCUGUUGGAUAAUGUUUUGUUAACUGUAAUUGUGCCCAUAUUGCCCGAUUACCUAGCGACUAUAAAUAACAGGACACAACACACUCCGUUGGAGACAUUCAACAGUUACAAUGUCACAACCGCUGCUCUCAGUGUCGGUAUAGCCAAUCCCCUCACAUCACCGCACAAUUUGGCCUAUCGGUAUAUUGAUGGCGCACACCAACCCAUACAAACAAUCAUGACGAAGCAUCCGAUACCCAGCAAGUCAAACUUUACGCUGCUGCAUGUCGAUGAUAAAGUAAUACUUACGCCCGCUGAGCAUAAGCAAUUGCGCUACAUUAACGCAGGUACUGGUGGUGGCAGCGGAGGUGGUGGGAUAAUGACGAAAAGCGCAAUCACCGGAAAUUCCACAGGCACUGCCGCCAUACAAAAAGAGUUCGUUAAAGCGAUUGCCAAUGAUGAUAGUAUUGCCGCCAAAUCCGUCACUUCCACCACUACUCGAGCACGCACUGUCACUGACAUCAAUCCUGACGGCAAAGCUACGGGCGGACGUGCAGAUUCAUAUGAUAGCUUGACCAGUGAAAACAGUUCCAUUGGGAUAUUGUUGUCGAUGAAGGCAUUGGUGCAGUUAAUAUUCAACCCAAUCGUCGGCAACAUGACUACUAAAUUUGGUUAUCGAUUGCCGAUUGUAGCAGGCACAUUUCUGCUGCUCUUAUCUUCAUUAGUUUUUUCUGUGGGCGAGACAUACAUGGAGCUGUUACUUGCGCGCGCUAUACAGGGUGUCGGCUCGGCUUGUAUUGGCGUGUGUGGUAUGAGUCUGGUGGCGCAGCUCUAUCCGGAAGAGGACCGUCGCUCCAAAGUGAUGGGCAUAAUUUUAGGUAGCAUAGCUUUGGGAGUAUUGCUUGGUUAUCCAUUUGGUAGCAUACUUUACGAUUUAAUCGGAAAGUCAGCGCCGUUCAUAAUACUCUCUACGGUGAUAUUUUUAAAUUUGGGUAAGUAUGCAACAUAAAUUGCCACCAAACUUUAUGUAAAGUUGAAGAAACUAAGAUCUUAUUCAACAGCAUCUUGUCGAAAUUUUUCGAAAUCUCGUAACGUUUAACUAUCAGUAGUAGCUAAAAAAUUAAAGCUAUAUUUUUUCGAAGACGAAAUAAGAUAUCUAUAGAAUGAGAGGAGUUGGCUAAAUAAGUGUAACGGUAUUUUAAAAACUUUGAAAUGGAGAAUUCAGGAAACGAAAAUUAA